AUGCGUCUAUUGGCUAUUCUUUUGGCUACUCGGGCGCUCCAGCCUGUCAUGGCCUGGACAGACCUCCAGUCUGUUCUUUCUCAACCGGCCUGCCAUGACUCUGACAUCACGGUGCACGUCUCUAAGACCACCAAUAAAUCGUUUGUCAACCAAGUCUAUGACCUAGAUAUCCUCUAUGCGCUUGCCGGCAAGCAGGUUUUGGUCUCCAAUUCUUACAGUAUUUCGUCCCGACUAUGCGAACCUUCCCAGACCAACGCCCACUUGGAUACUCUCCAGGUCAUGAUCCAUGGGGCGUCGUUCAAUAAGAACAUGUGGGAUUCUCAAUACCAACCGGAGACUUACAACUGGGUCCAACGCAUGAAUAAGGAGGGCUAUUACACCCUCGCCGUGGAUCUGAUCGGACAUGAAACGGAAACACUGAUCCAGCAGAUCCGGAAUGGCACCGUCGGCGGCCGCCGAUGGCGCAAGGUUGUCAUUGUCGGUUUUUCCAUCGGGGCCAUCGUCGCCAACUCGCUCGCCCAGCAAUAUCCAGAAGAUGUGAAUGCAAUUGUACUGCACGGCAUCUCUUGGGAUUCUAGCUGGAUCUAUCCUGCCUUCCUCGCUGGACUCCAGGCACCCGCCCAGCAGAUUGACCCAGCUCGUUGGGGCCAAAUUCCGGCGACCUAUCAAACCCAGUCGACUCGCGAAGGUCGAAAAGUGGCAUGCUUCGCGGGAUCAUACGAUGAAAACAUUCUGGAAUACGACUGGAAUACCCGUGAUUUCGACUCUAUGGGGGCUGCUGUGACCUUUGUUUAUCACCUGGUGGAAGCGCCGAAGUACACUGGUCCAGUAUUCUUAGGUAUUGGUGACCGGGACGCAACCUUUUGUGGCGGUCAACGUUGCGGCAGUCAGCCAUAUGCGUUGUAUGACAAGUAUCCCAGCGCCAUUGAUCAUGACAUCAACUUGUAUCCCGAAACCGGACACUUGAUUCUCUUCCAUCGAGCUGCGCCAACCUUGAUGGCUGACUCGCUUGCUUUCUUGAGGAAGCACAAUUUGGAUCCCAAUUUCGUUUCACGUGGAUUCUUAUUUUGGUCUGCAGAUCUGUUCCAGUUCCGUCAUGAAGUGCGUUCGCGUAUUGACUGCUUUGUUCUCCUUGCUUGGGGGCUCAAAUGCACUCACCACUUCACAAUGUCGGCCACUGAUAAUCUAGACCCAGGAUGUGUUUUCCUGCCUGACACAUCAGAGAAGGUCUCCGAGGCCAUUUCCAUCUUCGCCAAAAAUGACUGCAAGUUUGCGAUUAAGGGCGGCGGCCACAGCGCCAUUCCUGGGGCUGCCAGCAUUCACGAUGGUGUGCUCAUGCCGAUGGAGUACAUAAAUACCACCGAGGUCCAGCUGCAAGAGGGAUAUAUCCGGGUUGGGGCCGGAGCGACGUUAGGCUCGGUUUACGAGGCCCUGGACCCUUACAAUCUGUCCGCCGUCAUUGGCCGCUAUAAGAAAGUAGGACUGGGGCUCGCAGUUGGGGCGGGCUUCUCCUAUUUCUCCAACAGCGAAGGUCUUACCAUUGACAAUGUCGUCAACUACGAAGUGGUCUUGGCCAAUGGGACCAUUGUCAAUGCUAAUGCCAACAGUCAUAACGAAUUGUUCUGGGCCCUCAAGGGAGGAAACAACAACUUCGGCGUGGUCACUCACUUUGAUCUCGCUACCGUCGCUACCGAUGGUCGCGUGUUGGGUGGUAUCGUCUACUACCCGGAAUCCUCACUCGAUGAACUCGCGGACGUGAUUUAUGAUUAUCAUGUGAAUCAGGCUGUCAACGAUAUCCAUACCCAUACCUUGCCUCAGUACGGAUACAACGGUACUACCAACGAGACCAUCAACUUCACUCCUGUGGUCUAUAACGCCGAUCUCCAAGAAUUGCCCGACAUCUUGCAACCCUGGAACAAUACCCCUCACUACAAGAAUGGCAAGUUCCAAGCUCAGCGGAUCAUGACUGUCUAUGCAGACGCCCAAUUGUACAAGGAUAUCUGGUGGGAGUUCCGCAAAUGGAUGAAGAAUUAUCAGGAUGUCGAGGGCUUUUACGGCUUACAUUGCAACAUGCCAAUUACCCCUAGACAAGUCACUCAGGGUAUACUCAAAGGGACGAACGCGCUAGGGUUGGAAGAGGCUGGAAACCGCACGCUGGGCAUCCUCUACUUUGGAGUCACCUUCGACAACAAAGCGGAUUCCGAUCGAGUGUUGCCAGACCACGACGAAUUCGUUCAGAAGAUGCAGAAAUUGGCCGCCAGUCGUGAUCUUCUUCAUCCUUACCUUAUGCUUACAUACUCUGGCUGGAACCAGCCAGUCUUGACAAGCUACGGCGAGAAAAACCUUGCUAAGCUCCGCGCUGUUCAAGCGAUCUACGACCCGACACAUGUCUUCCAACGUCUAGUUCCUGGUGGCCAAAAACUACCGGACGCUGAACAAGCAUAG